AUGUCAUCAAUAAGUUUAGAUAUCAAAUUAAAAAAAUAUAAUAAAGUGUAUUACGAAGGAGAUAUUUUAUCUGGUGUUAUACAAAUAGUGAGUCCAACAGAUUUCAAAUAUGAUGCGAUUACAUUAACAAUGGAUGGUGCUGUUAAUUUACAACUGAGUGCUAAAAAUAAUGGAAUCUUUGAAGCUUUUUAUAAUUCUGUUAAACCAAUACAAUUAGCACAUACUUGUAUCGAUGUGUUGAAUGCAGGAGGUCGUCUACCAUCUGGUACCACUGAAAUACCAUUUGAAAUACCAUUGAAAUCAAAUAAACCAGGACGGAUUCUUUAUGAAACGUAUCAAGGAGUCUUUGUUAAUAUUAGUUAUACAUUGAAGUGUGAUGUUAGACGAAGCUUUCUAGCAAAGGAUCUAACUAAAACUAAUAUGUUUAUUGUACAAUACAAGCCUCAAGAUAAAUUAAAAUUAGAUCAUCCAGUACAUCCUGUUAAAUUUACAAUAAGUCCAGAAUCAUUACAAAAUAGAGAUCGUAUUGGUGCAAGUAAUAUACCACGAUUCUUAAUAACAGGAUAUUUAAAUAAUACUAUUUGUUUAUUAACUGAACCAUUUACAGGUGAAUUAAUUGUACAACAUACAGAAUUACCAAUAAAAUCAAUAGAAUUACAAUUAGUACGUGUUGAGACUUGUGGAUGUGCUGAAGGUUAUUCAAGAGAUGCAACUGAAAUACAAAAUAUACAAAUAGGUGAAGGUUCAGUACCAUUUAAUUUAGGUAUUCCAAUUCAUAUGAUAUUCCCAAGAUUAUUUACAUGUCCAACAUUAUCUACAACUAAUUUUAAAGUUGAAUUUGAAGUAAAUAUUGUAAUAAUAUUUCAAAAUGAUCAUUUAAUUACUGAAAACUUUCCAAUUACUUUAAUACGAUAAAGUAACAAAUAAACAAACAACAAAUCUUUAUUAAUUUAAUUAAAUAAUAAUCAAUUAAAUAAAUAAUUUGAUUAAUAAAUGUUUUUUAUAAUGU